ACUGCGACAGUUAAUAGGUUAUUUUUACCAUUUUGAACAUUUUAUAUUUAAUAUUUUUCCUUUUGAAUGUAUUUAAAAUAAUUCAGAUUACCUAAAAACUCAAUUUCGAUAGAAAAUCUGUUUAAUUUCUGCUCAUUAUGGUGAUUUGAGUGUUUUGCCGAUUCGUGGAUCAAAAGUGACCAUGUGGACGGUUUGCGUACCGGGAUGGGGCGCGGCGCUGGCGGCUGGUGCCCUACUGCUCUACGGCUCUUUGGACGUGGCGUACUUUGCCCGCAUGAUGUACACCGUUGCCCGAGCUCGGUACUUCCGUAAGAAGGCCUGCAUUUUGGAGACGACAGAAGUCAACUCUUGGUGUCUACUAAACGACAUAGACACGUUGCUGUAUCACAUGAAUAAUGCUCGUUAUCUGCGCGAGCUGGACUUUGCGCGCGCGGAUUUCUACGAGCGCACGGGACUGUACGCCAACAUCAGGGCAGCGGGUGGCGCGGUGGUACAAGCAGCCGCCACUAUACGCUACCGACGAUACCUCAAGCCGUUCACGCGCUUCAAAAUCACAUCUAAAGCAGUAUACUGGGACGAGAAGACAUUAUUCAUGGAGCACGAGUUCGUGGGUCCCGGUGGGUUCGUGCACGCGGUGGCGGUGUGCCGGCAGCGCGUCAUUGACACUUCUGCGGCGGCCAUCGCUGAACUACUGCUGCAGCUGCACUGCGCCGGCACUUGCCAGCCCAUGCCCGCUAAGAUGCCACCGGAGUUGGAACUAUGGGUUCAAAGCAAUGAGAUCAGUUCUGCGAAGCUCCGAGCUCCACAAAUGCCCCAAUCCAUCUUACACACCUCGCACAACAUCGGCUGCGGCGAAAUGGUACCGAGUCUCAACACCGAGUGAGACGGGACACACUGUCCGACCGAACUACGGUCCCGUUCACACGCACUGAAGCAAUCGUAAGUGCGAGCGAGACGGAAAACCGUAGGUAUUUUGGGCAGUGUUAUUCAUUCAUUUUAAAGUUGUCGACGACAACGGACGUUUCUGAAGCCUGUAUUGUGCUUUUCGAUGUAUACAAAUAACAUUUUG